GUUGGCCAAUACCUUUGCUGGAUUCAAAUUGCACUUCGUGAAUAAAACUUUUCUACAAUGCUACUAAGCUGUAAUUGCAUACACUGCCGCAGAGCCAUUUUUCCAGAGCCUUAGUCGACCAUGGUUUCAUUUUAAGCUUGAAAAAGUGGCAUCAAGUUGGUUCACGUCCCACCUCAUUUGACGGAACUUUAUUGCAGUGAAAGAUAUCAGCAAUGAGGAUGCCACGAUGUACUAGCUAAGAGAAAACCAAAUCAACAGAUACAUUUUGUGUGCCAAACUGGAUUCUUGAAAAGCAAGUUUUGUUAAUGUUCUCAAGACAAAAUGAACAAGCCAUGGAGAGAACGUUUUUUUUUUCACUUGGGAAGAGUAAAAUAAUUUUUGAAGAUGCUGCUGCCAACUAGUGCCCACUUUUAGUUCACUUGACACUUGAUUGUUUAUCAUGGCAAUGGAGGUGGUAGAAUGGUCACCCAAAGAUGUGCUGGCCUGGCUCACUGAACAUGGCAUGCAGGAGUACACUGAUGCAUUUCAGAACAAGCUCGAUGGCCAAGGCCUGUUAAAACUGUCUCUAGAAGAUUUCCAAAGACCACCUCUGUCUCUUGUUGCAUCAGACAAUGGUCAGCAACUGCUAGAAAAGAUAGAAACACUGAAGAUGGAGCAUCACAUUGAAGUGCACAAGAAUGGUCAUGCCAAUGGUCAUCUUAACAUGGGUUCUCUAAAUGCUGACAGUGAGAAUGACAUCCAUAAUAAAACCAAAAGAACUGGCUUAGCAAAUGGUUACCGAAAAGACAUGAUUAAAAUCCCCAUGCCAGAACUGGAGCAACUUCGAUUCUCUCUGGAAUGGUGGAAGACUGGUGUGGCUUUCCUUUAUGCACUUUCUUGUUUUCUACUUACCACAGUGAUGAUCUCAGUUGUCCAUGAACGUGUGCCUCCCAAAGAGGAGCAACCUCCUCUACCGGACAAAUUUUUUGACUACUUUAACAGGGUGGAAUGGGCCUUUUCCAUCUGUGAAAUUAAUGGCAUGAUACUUGUAGGAUUAUGGCUGGUUCAGUGGGUGCUAAUGAAAUACAAAUCUAUCGUGGGCAGGCGAUUCUUCUUCAUAGUUGGCACGCUUUAUCUGUACAGAUGCAUUACAAUGUAUGUAACAACACUUCCAGUGCCUGGCAUGCACUUCAGCUGUUCUCCAAAGCUGUUUGGAGAUAUGGAAGCACAGUUUAGGAGAAUUAUGAAGAUGAUAGCUGGAGGUGGGCUGUCAAUCACAGGGGCGCACACCAUGUGUGGAGACUACCUGUACAGUGGCCACACUGUUAUGUUAACACUCACCUACUUAUUUAUCAAAGAGUAUUCUCCAAAGCGAUGGUGGUGGUAUCACUGGUCUUGCUGGAUUCUCAGUAUUGUUGGGGUUUUCUGCAUUCUUCUCGCACAUGACCACUACACUGUGGAUGUAGUAGUGGCAUAUUAUAUUACUACACGUCUUUUUUGGUGGUAUCAUACUAUGGCCAACCAAGAAACUCUUCCACAUGCUGCGACAACUGCACACAUGGAAGGGAAGUGGGAGAGUGAGAGCCAGAGAGAAGAGAGUAUGGCCUGGAGGGAUGUGAAUAGCAGUGGAGAGUCCAGAAUAGAGCGGCAUCCAGUCCAGGAGCAGGUACUAAAGGAACCCUCCAAGACUAAUUUUCUAUCCCAAGUGUGGUGGUAUAAGUUCUUUCGGUUUUUGGAAAGCAAUGUUCAAGGCAUUGUGCCUCGCACAUAUCAUUUGCCACUUUCCUGGUCAUCCAUAUCACAGUUCUUUGGGAGAAAAGUUAAAUACAGCAGAUUAGUGACUGAUACAUAACACUAGAUAAUCUAAGGGACUGUGCAAAGUGCUGAAAAAUCCUGUUGAGCUGAUGCCAUAGUGAAUUUUCUGCUAAUUCAUGUCCUGCAACAUUCACUUUUACUGAAGUGUUCCAAUUAACUGGUCAGCACUGUGAUCUUUCCAAAGGACUACAGAGAACAAAAAUGAUUGACAUGCACUGUAUAAUCUUCCUUUGUUAAUUGUCUUUUUGUCUUUGGUAUAUGCCAUAAACACAAAAUCACGUUUAAUUGUAUUUGAUAUUAACUGCAUCAGUGGCAAUUGUGUCCUGUCUGCUAGUGUUUUCUUUCGCAUAUGUCUGCAAAGAUGUCUGAGAUAAAUUGUAUUUUUUUCAAUCAGAAAUUCAUCUUUAAUAAUCCUUGCCCCAAAGACUGGGCUUAAAAGCCAUUUUCUUAGCAAUGUUUAGAUAUUAAAAAAAAAACUGUUGAUGAAUAUAACGAUUAGGUUCUGUUUGCAAACAAAUUCUUGUGCAUUUUGGAACCAUUGUGGCAAAAGAAACUUAAGUGCAAAAAUGUUUUGUAGUAAUCAUUCUUGUUAUUUAUGUUAAAUGAAUGUGGCAGUGCAAAAAAAUCUACACAAUGGUUUUUCAAGUAUUUAAAAUGAGAUCUGCAUGGGAUGGUGGACUCCAACACAAACAUUAUAGCAAGAAUGAAAUCAGCACUGAGUGGAAAUUUUGACUGAUUGUUUGUUUUUCUAGUGCCUUUUCUUGUCCUGAUUGUAUGGUCAAUAGGUGGUCUCAGAUGUAGUAUAUGAAAACUCAAAAAGCCUAUAUGUAUAUUACCUUGAGUAUUGAGUUAAUAAUUAACUGUUGCAGAAUUGCAAAAUGUAAGCUCAACAGUGAGCAUUCAGUUUUGUAGUUAAUGUUUGUGCACACUCUGUCUUGAAUAAUUUGAGAUAUUGGGUGCAAAAUAAAAGAAAAUGGUAAUAUUCAAUUUACUAACUAUGGGCAUGUCCUGUUAGAUAUAUAACUGUACAGGUAAAUUAUUUUAUUAUAUAAAUGGGAAGUACAACACAGCAAAUCUAACUGUUGUAUUUCAACUUCCUUUUUACAGAUUUUGCAUUUUUCUUAAAUAUCAAGUCAUAACAUGAAGGCAAAAAAAAAUAAAUUUAUGUACAGAGGUUAAAGUACUAGCAAAGUAUUCAUGCUCCUCUGACCCAUUAGUUGGUAAAUCAGCUACAAAGAUAUUCUAUUUCUAUAAAUUUUAUUAUAUUUGUGCAAAUAAUGCAUGUAGUCUCACCCAAAUCAAAAGUCAAGUGAAAAUGAAGUCUCUAUUUGCCAACGUGAGAAAUAGUUUUUUAUUGCAAAUUAUAUGAUCUCCAUUCUGUAUUUUAUGUGAAAGAAAGUUCUUUUCUGUAGUUUUGUGUAUUCACAAGGUGAUAUUUGUAUUGUAAAACAAUUAUGGUGAAGGAUAAUAAAAAAGCUUUAAAUGUAA